AUGUCUCAAGACGCUGCACAUUCAUUUUCCUUCCCUGAGGAGGAAGAAAAGAUCUUGAGCUUCUGGAAUGAUAUCGAUGCUUUCCAACGUUCGUUGGAACUAACUAAGGGAAUGGACCCUUAUGCCUUUUAUGAUGGUCCUCCAUUUGCCACUGGUGCUCCUCAUUAUGGCCAUAUCUUGCAAUCCACCAUCAAGGACAUUUUUCCGAGAUAUGAAACCAUGAGUGGUCAUUAUGUGGAGCGUCGUUUUGGCUGGGAUACUCACGGUGUUCCUGUUGAACACAUCAUCGACGAGAAGUUGGGUGUCAAAUGUAAACAGGAUGUUUUGGAUAUGGGCAUUGCCAAGUACAAUGCAGAGUGCAGAAGUAUUGUUAUGCAAUACGCCGACGAAUGGAGAAAGACCAUCAGUCGUAUGGGUCGUUGGAUCGAUUUUGAUAACGACUAUAAGACAUUAUAUCCUUCUUUCAUGGAAUCUGAAUGGUGGGCUUUCAAGAAGUUGUUUGAAAAGGGUGCCGUUUAUCGUGGUGUCAGAGUGAUGCCAUAUUCUACCGGUGUCACCACUGCUUUAUCUAACUUUGAGGCUCAAUUGAAUUACAAGGAUGUUAACGAUCCUGCUGUUACAAUCGGCUUUCCAUUGGUCGAUGAUCCAUCCACUAUUUUAGUUGCAUGGACUACAACUCCAUGGACUUUACCUUCCAAUUUAGCUCUUGCUGUCAAUCCAAAUUUUGUCUACACCAAGAUUUAUGACGAAGAUGCUAAAGUGAACUAUGUCCUACUUGAAAAGAUGCUUGGUACUUUGUACAAGAAGCCUAAAAAGGCACACUACAAAGUCGUUGGCACUGUGAAAGGAUCUGAUAUGGUUGGCUGGAAGUACCAGCCCUUGUUUACGUAUUUUUACGAUAAAUUCAAGGAUACGGCUUUCAGAGUCAUAGGGGCAGAUUACGUUUCCGAUGAUUCUGGUACGGGUAUUGUCCACGAGGCUCCUGCAUUUGGUGAAGAGGAUUUCAAUGCCUGCACAAAGGCUGAGGUCAUUUCGGCUGAUUUCUUACCUCCAAAUCCUGUUGACGAUGACGGUAAGUUCACUAAAGAGGUUCCAGAUUUCCAAGGUAUAUACGUUAAGGAUGCGGACAAGUUGAUCAUCAAAAAAUUGACCAGCGAAGGCCGGAUGCUUAGGGCCACACAGAUUCGCCACAGCUAUCCGUUCUGUUGGAGAUCCGAUACUCCUUUACUUUACCGUACCGUUCCCGCAUGGUUUGUUAGAGUCAAGACCAUCGUUCCUCAGAUGCUCGAAAGCCUUACGAAAACCCACUGGGUUCCUUCCACUAUUAAGGAGAAGAGAUUUGGUAAUUGGAUUGCCAAUGCACGUGACUGGAAUGUAUCCAGAGCUCGUUACUGGGGUACUCCUAUCCCAUUGUGGGUGUCAGACGACCUUGAGGAGAUUGUUUGUAUCGGCUCUAUCGACGAGUUGAAACAAUUGUCUGGUGAGGAGGACAUUACGGACAUUCAUAGAGAUAAGAUUGACCAUAUCACAAUUCCAUCUAAACAGGGUAAGGGUAAAUUACAUAGAAUUGAUGAGGUGUUUGAUUGUUGGUUUGAGUCUGGCUCGAUGCCUUAUGCCUCAAAGCACUAUCCAUUUGAGAACAAAGACAAUUUUCAUGAGGCAUUCCCUGCAGACUUUAUUUCUGAAGGUUUAGAUCAAACUAGAGGUUGGUUUUACACAUUAACCGUUUUGGGAACACAUUUGUUUGGUACUGCUCCUUACAAGAAUGUCAUUGUGGCAGGUAUCGUGUUAGCUGCCGACGGCAAGAAGAUGUCAAAAAGAUUGAAAAACUAUCCAGAUCCUAACAUCAUUUUGAAUAAGUACGGUGCAGACGCCUUACGUUUGUACUUGAUCAAUUCGCCUGUUUUGCGUGCGGAGACUUUGAAGUUUAAGGAGGAAGGUGUCAAGGAGGUUGUUUCGAAGGUUUUGUUGCCAUGGUUAAACUCCUACCGGUUCCUAGAGGGACAAGUGGCCCUAUUGAAGAAGUUACAGGGAGUUGACUUCAAAUUCGAUUCUAACUUGAGGUCUGAUAACGUGAUGGACAAGUGGAUCUUGGCUUCGAUCCAGACAUUGAUCGAGUUCAUCCACCAAGAAAUGUCACAGUAUAGGCUUUACACUGUGGUGCCUAAAUUGUUGAACUUAAUCGAUCAGUUGACCAACUGGUACAUUCGAUUCAAUAGAAAGAGAUUAAAGUGUGAAAAUGGUGUCGAGGAUGCCAAGUUGGCCCUCAAUACGUUGACCGAAGCUUUAUUUACCCUUGUAAGAGCCAUGGCACCGUUCACACCUUACUUGUCGGAUAACAUCUACCGUAAAAUGGUGAAAUUGUUUGACGAGGACUCGUUAAAGCAGUAUCAGCUCGGUGAGGACAACCGAUCGGUUCAUUUCCUAUAUUAUCCAAAGGUGGAAGAGUCAUUGUUUGACGAUCAGAUCGAAGUUGCAGUCGGAAGAAUGCAGAAGAUCAUCGAACUUGGCCGUACCAUUCGUGAGAAGAAGAUGAUAUCAUUGAAGACACCAUUGAAAAUGAUGGUUGUUCUCCACAGUGAUCCAUUGUUCUUGGAAGACAUCAAGUCUUUGCAGAACUACAUUAUUGAAGAGUUGAACGUUCGUGAAUUGGUGAUCACGUCAAAUGAAGAAAAGUACGGUGUUGAGUAUCGCGCAGUUGCAGACUGGCCAGUGUUGGGUAAGAAGUUGAAGAGAGAUGUCAAGAAGGUGAAGAGUGCACUUCCAGAUUUGACAUCGGAUGAGGUGAAGAACUACUUAAAGUCAGGAGGGAUUACCGUUGCUGGAAUUGAGUUGCUCAAGGGAGAUUUGCACGUGUUGAGAGGAUUACCUGAUUCGCAGACCAGAGAGGGAUACGAGGCACGAUCCGAAGGGGACAUCUUGGUUCUUUUAGAUACCAAGCUUUAUCCAGAGUUGGAGACAGAAGGAACAGUUAGAGAAUUGAUCAACAGGAUCCAGAGAUUAAGAAAGAAGGUAGGCCUCAAGCAAACAGAUGAUGUGCUAGUUCAAUAUAAGGUGAAAAAGGACACCUUGGGACUUGAAGGUGCUAUUAAGAAGCACGAAGAUAUGCUACUCAAGUGCACACGUCGUCCAAUGGAGAAGUAUAGCGAGGUUACAGAGGAGAAAGUGAUCACGGAGGAAGAGGCGAAUAUUAAUGAUACAGUGGUUGCAUUGCGGUUGUUGAAGAUAUAA